AAAUUCCACUUGCAAUAUAACAUUGACAUAUAGUAUAAAUGUCAUCAAAACCAAACAUCUUUAAUUUUCCAAUUAAAUUCUGUGGUCAUAAAAAAGAAGAAGAAGAAGAAGAAUACUAUUUUUCAAUUUGCUAGUUGCAACUUGCAAGUUCAUAUAUUCAUCAAAAAAAUAUAACACUUUAGCUGUUGUAAUAUUAAUUCUAUAUACGUCAUAAGAAUGGAAGAACGUUAUGAGAUUAUUAAAGGUAUUGGGUCAGGAAAUUUUGGAGUAGCAAAGCUUGUUAGGGAGAGACAAAGUGGUAAACUAUAUGCUGUCAAAAUCAUUGAGAGAGGCCUUAAGAUUGAUGAACAUGUUCAAAGGGAGAUUAUAAAUCAUAGAUCCUUGAAGCAUCCUAAUAUCAUUAGAUUUAAGGAGGUUUUAUGUACUCCAGCUCAUCUAGCUAUAGUAAUGGAGUAUGCAGCAGGUGGAGAACUAUUUGAAAGAAUAUGUAGUGCCGGUAGAUUCUGUGAAGACGAGGCAAGAUAUUUCUUCCAGCAGUUGAUUUCUGGGGUCAGCUAUUGUCAUUCAAUGGAAAUUUGCCAUAGAGAUCUUAAGCUUGAAAACACACUUUUAGAUGGAAGCUCUUCACCACAACUCAAAAUAUGCGACUUUGGUUACUCCAAGUCUUCUGUUCUGCAUUCUCAGCCUAAAUCUACGGUGGGAACUCCAGCAUAUAUUGCACCAGAGGUUUUGUCAAGAAGAGAAUAUGAUGGAAAGGUUGCUGAUGUUUGGUCUUGUGGGGUUACCUUAUAUGUGAUGCUAGUUGGUGGUUAUCCUUUUGAAGAUCCAGAUGAUCCAAGAAAUUUCAGAAAGACAAUUGAGAGAAUCCUUAGGGUCCACUAUUCAAUUCCCGGUUAUGUUCGUGUCUCCAAAGAUUGCAGAGACCUUCUAUCUCAAAUAUUUGUGGCCAACCCUGAGAAGAGAAUCACUAUCCCAGAAAUUAAAAAGCACCCUUGGUUCCUUAAUAAAUUACCAAUGGAAUUUGUGGAAGAAGGGAAAAAUGAUGUGAAUGGUGUGGUUGAUUCAUCUCAAAGUAUUGAGGAAAUACAGUCCAUAAUUCAAGAGGCACGGAAGCCAGGUGAAGGCCCAAAAAUUGAUGGACAAUUUGUUGGAGGAGGCAUGGAUUUUGAUGAGAUGGAUGCAGAUGAUGAUUUUGAUGAUGAUAUAGAAACAAGUGGAGAUUUUGAUUUUGUUUGUGAUAUGUGAGUGAUUAAAUGAGUGAAUGAGUGUUAGAUUUUUGUGUUUUGAACAAUUGUCUAUAAACAUUGAAAGGUUCAAGAUAAGUUGUUUUUUAUGUGCA